AAACAUGCUUGAUGCAGUGUGACAGCCAAAGUGUUGGAUAGAGUUUCACAUUCUAUAUAUAAGCCUUGUGACUUGUGUUCCUGCUGUUCUAUUUAAACGCCAGAGUCGCACUGUCAAAACAGAGAGAGGGGCGCAAAAAAUAUGAUGGACCUUUUUGAGACCAACACUUAUCUUUUUAGUGAUUUGCAUUAUUUAGAGGAAGAAGAUCAUGGACCACUACAGCACUUGGACAUGGCGGGGGUGUCUCCUCUGUACAAUGGCAAUGACAGCCCGCUGUCCCCGGGCCAAGAUAAUAUUCCAUGCGAGACCUGGGGGGAGAGUAGCGGAGAGGAGCACGUCCUUGCACCUGUGGGUCUCCGGGCGCACUGCGAGGGCCAGUGUCUAAUGUGGGCCUGUAAGAUCUGCAAGAGAAAAUCAGCGCCGACGGACAGACGCAAGGCCGCCACUCUGAGGGAGAGGAGGAGGCUCAAGAAGAUCAAUGAGGCCUUCGAUGCGCUGAAGAGGAAGACCGUGGCCAACCCCAACCAGAGGCUACCCAAGGUGGAGAUUUUACGCAGCGCAAUCAGCUACAUUGAGAGAUUACAGGACCUGCUGCAAACGCUGGACGAACAGGAGAAAACCCAAACUGGAUCAUCUCAUUCUCAUGAUGUCAAAGAACACAGUGUGGCCAGUCAUGAGUACCACUGGAAAAAGCCCUCUGAGACCUGGCCGACCUCUGCUGACCAUUCCACUGCAGCAAUGAUAAACCAGAGAGAAGAAACCAGUGAGUCCUCUGCAUCCUCCAGCCUCUUGCGUCUGUCCUCCAUUGUGGACAGCAUCACCACCGAUGAGAAAAUCAACUUUCCCAAGGACAUCUCUGAAAACUGAAACAGCAGCAAAGACACUGACUGGGCAACAAUUUUAAAAUUUCAAAUUUCCAUUGUUUAUCUCUAAAUUAUCUCUGCUAUAUUCAGCUAUUCAAGCUUUUGUUUGUCAUGUAGUUUUCAUUUGUACUGCAGGAGCAACAAAUAUGUACAUAUUUUAUAAUAAUGUGAUGUUUAGAUUUAUUUAUUUUAUAUUUAAAAGCAUACAAACUCCUUAAACCUGAUUGUAUUUUAACAUGUUUGUACUUAACCGACCAAGAAAAUAAACAGCUCCUUUUGCAAUACA